AUGAAGGACGAAUUGAGGAUUUUGACGCCGAUUGGCAUGUUGGGCUAUGGCUUCAGCGAAGAGCUAUUCUGGUCUGCGCUCGACGAUGGCGUCGAUGCGGUCAUUCUCGACAGUGGCUCAACAGAUAGUGGGCCGUCGAAGCUCGCUCUAGGUACAACAACUGUGUCUCGCAAGUCUUAUGAGCGUGACCUGAGCGUUCUCGUUGCGGCAUGCCAUUAUUACAAUGUGCCGUUGCUUAUUGGUUCAGCAGGCGGCGAUGGUGCCAGUCCUCAUGUAGAUUUACUAGUCGAUAUCAUUGAGGCAUGCAUCGCGCGCGAAGGCUAUCGUACAAUGGAAAUUGUCCGUAUAUACGCUGAAGUAGACAAGGAUAUAGUUACAAGGAACUGGAAGGAUGGUUUAGUGACUCCUUGCACACCUGCUGUCCCAGAACUCCAGAUUGCAGACAUCAACGAUGCUACGCGGAUCGUCGCACAGAUGGGUAUGGAGCCAUAUCUAAAGGCCAUGAAUGAGAACCCUAACUUUGACAUUAUUAUCGGCGGAAGAGCGUAUGAUCCAGCGCCUUACGCGGCAUUUUGCGUAUGGAAAGGCUUUAGCGACCUGGGAAUUGCCUAUCACAUGGGGAAAAUCAUGGAGUGCGGUGCAUUGUGCGCAAAGCCUAAGAGCAAGGAGGCAUUAGCCAUUGUCAGGAGAGAUAGCUUCGACAUUAGACCCUUGGACUUGAAGGCGAGAUGUACGAAAAUUUCAGUUGCUGCCCACACGCUGUAUGAGAAGAGCCGCCCUGACAUACUGCUCGGGCCUGGCGGAGCUCUGGAUUUGACCCCUGCUACCUAUGAGGAGCUUCCUGACCAGAGGACGGUUCGCGUACGAGGAUCCAUAUUCAUUCCAGAGUCACAGUACACGAUAAAACUAGAGGCUGCCAGACUCAAGGGCUAUCGAAGCGCGUUUAUCGGUGGCUUCCGUGAUCCAAUUCUCGUCUCGCAGAUAGAGGACUUUAUUCAACGGGGCGAAAAAAGACUGAAUGAAAUGAUAAGCUUUCCUUUCAAAUUUGAGGUGCACAUUUAUGGCAAAGGUGCUGUCAUGAAGUCUUUGGAGCCCAAUACCAACACGACGCCCAACGAAGUCUGCGUCGUGGGGGAGGCAUGGGCAGAGACACAAGAACAAGCAGCCUACGUGACGAGUAUGGCCAGAGUUUGGUGCAUGCAUGGUCCUUACCCUAAUCAAAUUGCCACUUCCGGUAAUUUUGCUAUGCCCUUCUCGCCAUUUGAUAUCCCGCUGGGUCCAUACUCUGAAUUCUGCAUGUAUCACAUUAUGCCAGUUUCAGAUCCAACCUCUUUAUUCGCAGUAACUGUUCAUAGUGUUAUCGGAUCGAACACUGCUAAGGCCCGCAAUCCUUCCGCAACUCCUUCUAAAACCGAGAACAAUGCUACCAAUGGGGUGAAGAAGAUCACUCCUCCAAAACCUUCAUCAACAACAAAUGUGUUAGGACAACCUCCAUCCUCCAAGUUCGUCUACCUCGGAUCACUAGCUAGUGUUCUUCGAUCCAAAAAUGCCGGACCUUAUGAGACUACAUUUGACAUCAUGUUUCCCGAUCGAGCAACCUACGAACAAGUCAAGGAGUCGAACGUUCUGACAUCCGAGGCGAUAUCACGUCUAUACAGCAUCCCUCCAGAGGACGUGCUUGUCAGUAUGUGGUGGGAACCUGCCCUAGCAUACAAGGCGACGAUCAAACGUCCGACUGUCAGUGCCAGUUUUGGCGAGGCAGAUACGCACGGUAGCGCUCAGCAUGCGCCCCUGAUGUAUUUACAAGUUCCAAAACCUCAACCAAAAGGUGCGACAUAA